AACCUGUUCAAGAUAGAGCUGAAGCUGUUGGAGGACGAGCUGCUGGGCCGUCUCUCUGCUGCCGAGAGCAACUUCCUAGGCGACAACGUCCUGGUGGAGAAACUAGAGACCACCAAGCACACGGCCGCAGAGAUCGAGAUGAAGGUGCUGGAGGCGAAGGUGAACGAGGUGAAGAUCAACGAGGCCCGAGAACACUACCGCCCCGUAGCAGUCAGAUCCUCUCUGCUCUACUUCAUCAUGAACGACCUCAACAAGAUCAACCCCAUGUACCAGUUCAGCCUCAAGGCGUUCAACGUGGUGUUCCACAAGGCGGUGGAGCAGGCAGAGGUGUGUGAGGACGUGAGGGGCAGAGUCAACACUCUAAUAGACGGCAUCACCUACUCCACCUUCAACUACAUCAGCAGAGGCCUGUUUGAGAGAGACAAACUCACCUUCACCGCUCAGCUCGCCUUCCAGUUGUUACUGAUGAGUAAGGAGAUAGACGUACGAGAACUAGACUUCCUGCUCCGCUUCAACAUCGACCACAUCUACAUCUGUCCUGUAGACUUCCUCUCCAACCAGGCCUGGAGCGCCAUCAAGACAAUGAGUUUCACUGAUGAGUUUCGUGGCUUGGACCGGGACAUCGAGGGCUCCCCUAAACGCUGGAAAAAGGUGGUAGAGUCCGAGUGUCCGGAGAAAGAGAAGUUUCCUCAGGAGUGGAAAGCAAAAAGUUCUCUACAGAAACUCAUUAUGAUGAGAGCCCUGAGACCUGAUAGGAUGACUUACGCUGUCAGGAACUUUGUGGAAGAGAAGUUGGGGGUGAAGUAUACAGAGAGGAGGAAGACCGAGUUUGCUAAGUCCUUCAGAGAGAGUGGACCUGCCUCACCUGUCUUCUUCAUCCUGUCUCCCGGAGUGGACCCUCUCAAAGACGUGGAGUCACUGGGCAGGAAAUUAGGAUUCACCAUAGACCUGGGGAAGCUCCACAAUGUGUCUUUGGGUCAGGGCCAGGAGGCUGUGGCUGAGGUUGCCAUGGAGAUGGCUGCUAAGGAGGGACACUGGGUCAUCCUACAGAAUAUCCACCUGGUGGCUCGCUGGCUGGGGUCGUUGGAGAAGCUUCUGGAACGCUGCUGUGAGGGCAGUCACCAGGACUACAGAGUGUUUAUGAGUGCUGAGCCUGCCCCUACACCACAGGAGCACAUCAUCCCUCAGGGCAUCCUGGAGAAUGCCAUCAAGAUCACCAACGAGCCUCCCACUGGCAUGCAUGCCAACCUUCACGCUGCUCUGGACAACUUUGACCAGGAUAUAUUGGAUCAGUGCAGUAGAGAGCAGGAGUUUAAGACCAUCCUGUUCUCUCUGUGUUAUUUUCAUGCCUGUGUGGCUGAGAGGCGCAAGUUCGGUCCUCAGGGUUGGAACAGGAAAUACCCCUUUAACACUGGAGACCUCACCAUCUCUGUCAAUGUGCUCUACAACUACCUGGAGGCCAACUCACAGGUGCCGUGGGAGGACUUGCGCUAUCUGUUUGGAGAGAUCAUGUACGGAGGUCACAUCACAGACGACUGGGACAGAAGACUCUGUAGAACCUACCUGGAGGAAUACAUGCAGCCCAACCAGUCUGACAGGAAGUUGGCUCUAGCUCCGGGCUUUGUGGUUCCCUCCAACUUGGACUACCAGGGUUACCAUGGUUACAUAGAUGAGAUGCUGCCCCAUGAGAGCCCGGUGCAUUAUGGGCUACACCCCAACGCAGAGAUAGAGUUUCUGACGGUGACCUCUGAUAACCUCUUCCACACACUGCUGGAGCUGCAGUCACCUGACUCUGUGAUGGGAGAGGGGGCUUCACAGACCGUAGAGGAGAAGGUGAAGACCAUCCUAGACGAAGUGUUGGAGAAGCUUCCAGAAGAGUACAACAUGUCAGACAUCACGUCUAAGACAGCUGAGAGAUCACCAUACAUCCUGGUCUGCUUCCAGGAGUGUGAACGUAUGAACACGCUCAUCUACGAGAUACGACGCUCGCUCAAGGAGCUGGACCUGGGGCUGAAGGGUGAACUGGCUAUCUCCUCAGAGAUGGAGCAGAUCCAGGCAGCUCUGUUCUUUGAUAACGUCCCAGACACCUGGACCAAACUGGCCUACCCCUCCACUUACAGCCUUGCCCAGUGGUAUAAUGACGUGUUGCUGCGCUGUAGAGAGCUGGACAGCUGGACACAGGACCUGGCUCUGCCCACCGUCAUCUGGCUGUCUGGACUCUUUAACCCACAGUCCUUCUUAACAGCGGUGAUGCAGUCUCUGGCUCGUAAGAAUGAGUGGCCGUUAGAUAAGAUGAACCUGACUGUGGAUGUGACUAAGAAAUUUAAGGAAGAGUUCAACCAGCCUGCCAGAGAGGGAGCAUACGUAUACGGACUAUACAUGGAAGGUGCAAGAUGGGACACUCAGGGUGGGGUGAUCGCCGAGGCUCGUCUGAAGGAGUUAACCCCCUCCAUGCCAGUCAUCUCAGUCCGAGCCGUACCGAACGACAGACAGGAGACGCGUAACAUCUACGAGUGUCCCCUGUACAAGACCAAGCUGAGAGGAACCACUUAUGUCUGGACCUUCAGCCUCAAGACCAGAGAGAGACCAGCCAAGUGGGUACUGGCUGGGGUGGCCCUGCUGCUCAGUGUGUAGAGGUUAGGGGGUGAGGAGGGAGACCAGCCAAGUGGGUACUGGUUGGAAAGAAGCAAGGUCGUUUUUUCAUUAGCUAUUCGUAGGGCGUGUAUUUUCUGCAUUAUGUUGUUAAGUGUGAGAGAAGUUAUUUUAUGUAAAAUACAUGUAUGUGUUACUACAUAAUCCCUCAUACCAGGUUUGAUGUUACUAUUGACAUAUAAAAGGAAUUUUUAUAGUACUGUUUUAGCACCUGAAAAUGUAUAAAGCUACUUGACAUUUUUUCAUAUGACUUAGUAAGAAUAGAAAUAAAAUGAAAAUCUGUAUUUUUCUGAAUUUAUUGAAA